AUGGGAGGCUCACGAGAUGGCCACACCAGCGCGCUUGAGCUGGGCGAGUACCCUACUGCACGCACCUCAGCGUCAGAAGACCGCGAGCGCCCCAGCGGCGACGCCAGCAAUCCGUACGCGGACACGGGCCUGCGCAACGACGAGGACGAGGGCUCGGAAGACGAGCUGCUCCUUGAUCCAAACCUACCUGACGAUCCUCGCGAGCGCAGGCGCUCCCAUGCCGAGGAGGCAUUUGUCGCUGGCGGCGAAGACGCGGAUGGUAAAGCGCACGAGGCUGAGGACUCGCCGUAUCCAGAGGUCAGGGCGGCUGUGCGCAACUACGACGAGGAUCUGCCCUGCAACACCUUGCGGGCCUGGACCAUUGGACUCAUGCUCGUUGUGCUGGGUGCGUCCAUGAACACGCUCUUCUCACUGCGCCAGCCCUCCAUCUCUGUCGGGCCCCUGAUUGCCCAGAUCAUCUCGUGGCCCAUGGGCCAUGGCUGGCACAGGUUCAUGCCCGAAAAGACCUUUUACUUCCGCGGGAAACCCAUCCCCCUCAACCCGGGGCCGUUCAACAUCAAGGAGCACUCCAUCGUCGUGGUUAUGGCCGGCGUGUCCUUCUCUGUCGCCUACGCCACAGACAUCAUCCUCGCGCAGCUCGUCUUCUACAAGCAGGACUUUGGGAUGCUGUUCCAGCUACUCCUCACCAUCUCGACGCAAUCCCUGGGCUACGGGAUCGCUGGCAUGAUGCGCCGCUUCCUCGUCUACCCAGCGUCCAUGAUCUGGCCGGGCAACCUCGUCUCCGUCACACUCCUCAACGCAAUGCACGAGACAAACGACACACCGGACCCAACGGUGCUCGGCGGCUCCAUGCCGCGCUAUCGCUGGUUUGGCCUCGUCACGGUGGCUGCCUUCUUCUACUACUUUAUUCCCGGUUUCCUGGCGCAGUUCCUCAGCGUCUUUGCCUUUGCCACUUGGCUGGCGCCGCAGAAUGCCGUCGUCAACCAGCUCUUUGGCGGCCAGACGGGCCUGUCCCUGCUGCCCAUCACUUUUGACUGGACGCAGAUUGCAGGCUACGUCGGGUCACCGCUCAUCCCGCCCUGGCAUGCCAUCGCCAACACCCUGGUCGGCGUCAUCGUCUUCUUCUGCUUCGGUUCGGCCGUGCUGCAUUUCAACGGGGCUUGGUAUGGGAACUUUCUCCCCAUGAGCGACUCCAACACGUAUGACAACAUGGGCAACCGGUACGACACUUCCCGCAUCUUGACUGCCGACUUUACGCUCGACGAGGCGGCGUACAAGAACUAUUCACCCUUGUUCAUCAGCACUACGUUUGCCAUGUCGUACGGUCUCUCGUUUGCGGCCAUUUCAUCCUUGAUCGUAUACACAUAUCUGCACAACCGCAAGCAGAUCUGGAAGCAGUACCGCAACAGCACCACGGAAUCGCCAGACAUCCACAUGAAGCUCAUGCAAAAGUACAAGGAGGCCCCUACGUGGUGGUACAUGUCCUUGUUUGGGCUGAUGCUGCUCCUCGGCUUCGUGACCGUCCUCGCCUACCCGACCAACCUGACUUGGUGGGCCUUCCUGCUCGCGGUCGCCAUCUCCUUUGGUUUCUCGCUGCCGAUUGGCAUCAUCGAGGCCAUCACCAACAACCGCAUCGGUCUCAACGUACUGACCGAGUUCAUCUACGGCUACAUCCAGCCAGGCCGGCCCCUGGCGCUCAUGAUCUUCAAGACCUUUGGCUACAUCACCAUGUCCCAGGCCCUCAGCUUCGUCGGUGACCUCAAGUUUGGCCACUACAUGAAGAUUCCCCCGCGCACCAUGUUCAUGGCCCAGGUGGUGGCGACCACCUUUUCCUGCUUCAUCCAGAUCCUCGUCCUCAACCUCGCCCUCGGGAGCAUCCCCAACGUGUGCGAGCCCGACCAGGCGGACCACUUCACCUGCCCCGGCGGGCGCGUCUUCUUCGCAGCCUCGGUCAUCUGGGGCCUCAUCGGCCCAGACCGCAUGUUCUCCCCAGGCAGCAUCUACUCUGGUCUCUUUGUCUUCUUCGUCAUUGGUGCCGUCGUCCCCGUCGGCAUCUACUUUGCCAUCAAAAGGUGGCCCAAGAGCCCCAUCCGGUACGCCAUGGCCCCCAUCAUCUUUGGCGGCGCUGGGGCCAUCCCGCCCGCCACGCCCCUCAACUACCUCUCCUGGGGCAUCGUCGGCUUUAUCUUCCAGUUCUGGAUCAAGAAGCGCCACUUUGCGUGGUGGAGCCGUCUCAAUUUCCUCACGUCCUCCGGCCUGGAUCUGGGACUGGCCCUCGCGACUCUCUUCAUCUUCUUUGCCUUCACGAUGCACGAGAUUGAGCCACCCCAGUGGUGGGGCAACACCGUCGUGGACUCGACCAUGGAUAUGCAGGGUACAGCCAUUCAGGUGAAGGUCAUGGACGGUCAGACGAGGUUUGGGCCGGAUGUUUGGUAG